GGUCUCUUGUUUUCAGCGGAUAAUGAAGCAGCUCGUGAAAGAAGAACAACUGCGAGGAGUUUUUCCAUAUUUGGAUAACAUAACUAUUUGUGGAAUGACUAAAGAGGAUCACGACAAAAACCUGGCUGCUUUCCUGGAAUCUGCAAAACAACGAGGAUUGAUUUUUCAUGAAUCAAAAAGUAUAUGGACUACUCGAACAUUGCCGAUUUUAGGUUAUCAAAUUGCUGAAGGUGAAAUUCGUCCAGAUCCCGAAAGAUUAAAACCUUUACGCCAACUUCCAAUACCAUCAAAUUCUAAAGAAUUGAGCAGAUGCAUGGGAUUCUUUUCAUACUAUUCUAGAUGGAUUCCAAACUUCUCAAAUAGAAUCAGAUCAUUAACAAAAUCGACCUCUUUUCCUCUUACUGACACUGCUAUUGGAGCUUUUUAUGAACUAAAACAGUUAAUAGAAAAUGCUGUUCUCAUUGCCGUUGAUGAAAAUAUUCCAUUUGAAUUGGAAACUGAUGCUUCAGAUAUUGCUAUAGCAGCGACACUAAAUCAAUCUGGUCGUCCCGUGGCAUUUUUUUCACGUACAUUACACGGCUCUGAACUUAAACACCCUUCGGUCGAAAAAGAAGCUAUGGCCAUAGUUGAAGCAGUACGACAUUGGCGUCACUUUUUAACAGGAAGACGUUUCAUCAUGAAAACAGAUCAGAAAAGUGUCUCUUACAUGUUUGAUUUGCGCCACAAAGGUAAAAUCAAAAAUGAAAAAAUAACAAGAUGGAGAAUUGAGCUAUCCGGUUACUCUUUCGAUAUCGCAUACAAACCAGGCAAAGACAAUGUUGCACCAGACACUCUAUCGAGGAUUUCAUGCGCUCUUCCUUCUACUAAUAUCCUCACUAAAUUACAUGAUGCAUUAUGCCAUCCAGGUAUAUCUAGAUUCGCUCAUUUUGUUAAGGUCCGUAAUUUACCUUAUUCGACUGAAGACGUUAAGCGAACUGUCUUGAAUUGCCGUGUAUGCAGAGAGAUAAAACCUAAAUACUAUCGGCCUGAAGCAGGAACUCUUGUAAAAGCGACUCAGCCCUUUGAACGUUUAAGUAUUGACUUCAAGGGACCUCUUCCGUCGAACAAUCGCAACAAAUAUUUUCUCUGCGUAAUUGACGAGUUUUCACGAUUUCCCUUGCUAUCAACACCUGAUGUUUCGGCCGCCAGUGUCAUAAAAAGUCUAACUCCAUUGUUCGCUGUAUUUGGAAUGCCUGCUUACAUGCAUACUGAUCGUGGUUCGGCUUUCAUGAGUUGUGAGUUUAAAAGAUUUUUGCAAGAAAAGGGUGUGUCUCACAGUAGAACAACUCCUUACAAUCCUUCGGCGAAUGGUCAAGUAGAAAGGUGCAAUGGUACAAUUUGGAAAGGAAUAAAACUUGCUUUAAUGUCAAAAGGUUUGCCAAUUGAAUGUUGGCAAGACGUUCUAUUAGAUGUUUUGCAUUCCAUCAGAUCACUAUUGUGUACUGCAACACCACAUGAACGGUUGUUCAAUUUUGCAAGAAGAUCUACCACAGGAUAUGCCGUUCCAACGUGGCUGACAAAUUCUAAAAUUGUUCUUCUCAAGAGACAGAUUAGAAGAAACAAAUCUGAUCCAUACGUCGAUGAAGUGGAACUUCUAGAUGCGAACAGACAUUACGCUCAUAUUCGGUAUUCAGAUGGUAAAACCUCAACAGUAUCAACAAAGCAUCUUGCACCGUGUGGUGAUGGUACGUCGUUUGGAAGUGAAAAUAAUGGAAGUUCCUCCGAUAAUCAACAUUCUCAAUUACCUGUAAAGCAGGCUGAUACAGCAGAUUCCGACUAUGUACCAAAAAUAUCGCAUCCCGUUAUCAACCAAUCAGAAAUUCAAGAAGGGGAAGAAAAGUCAAAUAUUCCUGGUGAUGAUGAAAAACGCGAAACAUCCCCAAUGAAGAAGAUAGACACCCGGCUCCUAGGCGUUCUACUAGAGAAAAACGUCCAAUUGAUCGUUUACAUUACUAUGAGUGAAAUGUUUAUUAAACUUUUGUUAAAUAAUCUUUUAGGAGGGGGAAAUUGUGGUGUUAGUAUUUCUUUACAGUGUAAUUAUUAGAUAAUCAAUGUACUCUUGAUUGCUCUGGUUCUGUCGUACUGCAUACUUUACUGUUUGCGUGUUAUUCUAUUGUUUACAGUGUUAAGUUGUGGUAGUGGUGUUCUUAUGUU